GACAUUUUCUUUCCAGUAAAUUUUAGUGAAUUCAUACGUUAAUUUUAUAGGCACUAAAUUGUGAAGAAGAAUAAAAGUGGAAAUUUAAUACUUUAUACUUUUAAUUAUUGGAAAGGUUUUGCCUAUUAUGUAAAUUACAUUAAAAAAACAAAGGGAAACGGCAAGCUCAGCAGCAGAGGCAUAAAUUGUGCCGUGGCCAAGAUUGACACUCGUAUGACAGCCAGUCAUUCUCCCAGCGGUCGUUGUAGUUGUACUUUGUUGUUCCUUUACAAUUUCGCCGUUUGUGGAAAAAUCGACAAGGAUCACACCUGUACCUGCACCUGCAAAGAGGUGCUGCAUUAUUAAGGUGCUAAAUUUUUGCUAUAUAAUAUAUACUUAAAAUAUCCACAUAAACUUUGCCAUAAAUUCAUUGCCAACAGUAGUAUAGUAGAAAGUAGUACCAUCAUUUAGGAGGCAAUUUUUCUUUAGCAUAUACAUUUCUCAGUACUUCAAAGAAGUCAAAUGGCUGAACGACCAAGUAAUCUAUUUUCUGCUGGGAGUAGUCGUCCACGGAACCCGCCAAGUGAAUUGAAUUUGGGUAGUUUUAAUGGGCGUCAACCGCCAUCAUUUUCAUCGACUUCAUCUGGUUCAGCUUCGUCCAAUUUAUCAACAUCGUCUGCCUCCAGUUCCUCGUCACACAAUUUGGCACAGCGUUUCUGCCCGCCACCCCCAGCACCAGUAGCUGCUCCCGUAACCGUGCCAGCUACAACAGCAAUAAAUCAAGAACGUACCCGUGAGCGUAUAAAACAACAGGCAUGUGGAAAGUUGCUGAUUGAUGAAGAGUGCUAUCAUUUCACUUCAGAUGAUUUAACCGAUAUAGGUGAAAUUGGCCGCGGUGCUUUUGGCACUGUUAAUAAGAUGAUAUUUAAAGUAGGCAAGGUAAUGGCAGUGAAACGUAUACGCUCCACUGUUGAUGAGAAGGAACAAAAACAAUUACUCAUGGAUCUGGAAGUAGUGAUGAAUUCAAAUGCAUGCCCGUAUAUAGUACAGUUCUAUGGCGCGCUCUUCAAGGAAGGUGAUUGUUGGAUAUGUAUGGAAUUAAUGGACACCUCACUGGAUAAAUUUUACAAAUACAUUUACGAGCGUAAACAGCAACGUAUACCCGAGUCAAUACUUGCCAAAAUUACUGUGGCCACAGUACAAGCAUUGAAUUAUCUGAAAGAGGAGUUAUCGAUCAUACAUCGCGAUGUAAAGCCGAGCAACAUUUUACUGCAUCGUCGUGGUGAUAUUAAGUUAUGCGAUUUCGGUAUUUGUGGUAAACUAGUGGACUCAAUUGCGGAGACCAAAGACGCGGGAUGUCGGCCGUACAUGGCGCCGGAGCGUAUAGACCCAGAGCGAGCUAAGGGAUACGACGUGCGUAGUGAUGUGUGGUCGCUGGGUAUAACAUUGAUGGAGGUAGCCACUGGCGUAUUUCCAUAUCCUAAAUGGGACUCAGUGUUCGAGCAGUUAUAUCAGGUGGUGAAGGGUGAUCCUCCACGCUUACAAACAUCUUACAAGGGCAUGGAGUUCUCACAGGAAUUUGUAGAUUUUGUGAAUACUUGUUUAAACAAAAAUGAGAGUGAACGACCCAAGUACGGUCCAUUGCUGGAAAUGCCUUUCAUAUUACGUGGCCAACGCAGUCACACUGAUGUAGCUGCUUAUGUCACCGAUAUUUUGGAAAACAUGGUUAAAGAUGGAAUAACUGAAUUUACAACAAAUCAGCCGGCUGAAAGUUAAUCGGCUUCCUUUGAAUAUAAUAAAUGCCAUUUAGUGAUUGUAGUAGUGAAAAGUCGUCGCGGUACGAAAUGUGGGUAGGAAGUAGCAUAGUAGCAGAAUGGUAUGGAAAAUGUGUGAGUGAUUAUUGUUACAGCAGCUCAGGUCAGUUGCGCUGCUGAGUUACUACAAAAUAAGAAUAUCAAACAAGAAAAUGCAAACGAAAAAAAAAAAUUAAAUUAAAAUACAAUAAGAAAAAUAUUAUUUAGUUGAACGUGAAGAAAUAUGAGGAAAUAACAUAACGCUUUGCAUAAAGUUAGUCAUAAAUAUUUUGUUGCUUAGAAACAUAAGAAAGCGUUUAUUUUUUUUGUAAAGUCAAAAGUUUAUUUUUGUAUACAAUUAAGUUGAAUUUAAAUUUUUUUCCAUUAUUGUUAUUCAUGCGUUCGCUGUGCAUAGGCACUAUGUUGUAAAUGUAGUGCAAUAACGCUUCGACUUAUCUAUAGUCAACCUAAUUUGCGCCUUCGAUUUGACAAAUACACAUAAAAACCAACAUAAAUGAAAACACCAGAGUAAAUUUUCUCAAAACAGCGCAAAACAAAAAUUGUAAGAAAAUUCCAAAAAUAAUAAUAUUGCAUUUUAAGCAAAAAAAAAAAAAAAAGCAUUUGCAUACCCACACGCAUACAA